AUGAACGCCUGGCUGCGCCGCGCUGCUGUCCUGCUGACCCUGCUCCUCGUUGUCUCCCUCGUCGCCUCCUGGCUGCCCACAGCCCUCAGCCCCACAAAGUCGAGUGCCGAGAAGCGCGCCCGUGACCGCCUCUGGGUCGACAGCAGUCCCUACUUCUGGGACCGACUGCUCUGUCGCUGGGGAAGCCUCUGCGGCCUGCAUCACCUGAAAGAGGACCCCGCUGCCCUACCCGACCCCGGCGCCGAUGACCAAGAGUGGCGCGAGCUUCGUCGCAGAUCCAACCCUCACCCUUCGUGGCUCGACUCCAGAUCCGAUGAAGACGCCCAACCAGCAGGCAGCAAGAGAAACUUCCGCGAAAGGCGAAGGAUCGUCGAGGACAUCCCCGACUUUGUCUUCAAGCAUGCGCCUCUCGUCCACCUCUACUCGGGCGAGCAGUUUUGGCCCUCGGACAUCGCCGAGCACGUCCAGCACAUGAACGUCACCGUCGACAACGCCCCCCUCGACCACCAGGACCAGCCCACCCUGUCCAAUCUCGACCGCCUCAACGCCCACGACGGCAUCGUCGUCCUCCAUAGCCGCGACGACGUCGAGUCCCGGCCCCCAUGGCUGCACAGCCGCGACAGCGUCCCCAACCCCUUCCCAGACGGCGACGGCGGCGAGCAGCCUCCGCAUAUCGGCAAUGGCAAGCAGGACCGCCUCGAGCCCACCACAUGGUUUGACGUGGACAAGAAGCAUCCCCUGCAUCGCAUCGCCGAGCCCUGGCCCCGCAGUAGCUCCCGCCGCUCCCGCCCCGGCGAGCCCCGCUUCUCCCGCCGCGGCCACAAGCCGGAUGCUGACGGCUACUCCCGGGCCCCCGCCGUGCUCGUCCUCGUCGACAAGGGCUCGGGCGUUGUCGACGCCUUUUGGUUCUUCUUCUACUCGUAUAACCUCGGCCAGACGGUGCUCGGCAUUCGUUUUGGCAACCAUGUCGGCGACUGGGAGCACUGCAUGGUCCGCUUCGAGCACGGCGUCCCCCGCGGCAUCUACUUUUCGGAGCACGAGGGCGGCCAAGCCUACGCCUGGGAGGCCGUCGAGAAGCGUGGCGACCGGCCCGUCAUCUACUCGGCCGUCGGCUCCCACGCCAUGUACGCCCUGCCCGGCGAGCACCCCUACGUCCUCCCCUUUGGCAUGCUCAAGGACGUCACGGACAAGGGGCCGCUGUGGGACCCGACCCUCAACAACUACGCCUACCACUACGACUACACGCGAAGCAAGCCCGAGGACGAGGCCGACCCGCUGCGCCAUGCGCCCAGCCUCGUCCCCGCGGCGUCGAACCCCGCUGCGCCCACCUCGUGGUUCCACUACAAGGGCGGCUGGGGCGACGAGGUCUAUACGCUCGCCGAUCCCAGGCAGUGGCGUCUGUUUGGCCAGUAUCACUACGUGACGGGCCCCAACGGCCCCAAGUUCAAGCGACUCGAACGCUCCAAGCUGUGCGGCAAGCCCAAGUGCCGCGUCCUGUACGAGCUGGACCCCAAGGGGACGUGGUACUAG